AUGGCACCGUCACUGGAGGAGCCCGAGCAAGUCGAGGAUGUUAUUUCCCACCCUCUAAAGGCAAAGCCUCAGUUGGUCGCUCCUGAGCCGGAGCACUGCCCCGGCCCCGAAAGUCAACAAGCCGGUCUCGGUGAUGCCUGCGCCGGAUGUCCGAAUCAAGCGGUAUGUGCAUCCGCACCGAAGGGGCCCGACCCGGACAUACCAGCCAUCUCGGCGAGGCUGGCGGGUGUCAAGCACAAGAUCCUGGUUCUCAGCGGGAAGGGCGGCGUCGGGAAGUCCAGUAUGACGAGUCUGUUGGCACAUUCAUUCGCGACGAAUCCGGACAACACAAUCGGGAUCAUGGAUGCAGACAUAUGCGGACCGAGCAUCCCCAAGAUGAUGGGCGUCGAGUCGGAGACGAUCCAUGUCAGUGGUGCGGGCUACUCACCCGUCUGGGUGCUUGACAACCUCGGCGUCAUGUCCAUCCAGUUCAUGCUGCCGUCUCGCGACGAUGCAAUCAUAUGGCGAGGGCCCAAGAAGAACUGGCUGAUUAAGCAAUUCCUGAAGGAUGUGGAAUGGGGCGACUUGGACUUCCUUUUGAUCGACACGCCGCCUGGCACUAGCGACGAGCAUCUGAGCGUCAAUGCUAUGCUCAAGGAAAGCCACAUAGAUGGCGCGGUCAUGGUCACAACGCCCCAGGAAGUGUCGUUGCUGGAUGUGAGGCGCGAGAUUGAUUUCUGCCGCAAGGCCGGUAUCAAGGUCCUGGGUCUCGUGGAGAACAUGUCGGGAUUCGUCUGCCCCAAGUGCACACACGAGAGCCAGAUAUUCCAAGCCACCACUGGAGGUGGCAAGGCGUUGGCCGAGGAGAUGGACAUCCCUUUCCUUGGCGCCGUCCCGCUGGACCCCCGCAUCGGCAUGGCUUGCGACUACGGCGAGAGCUUCUUCGACUCGUUCCCAGAUAGCCCGGCGUGUAAAGCGCUGAAGGUGGUGGUGCAGCGACUUGCAGACCAGCUUGGUCUCGAUGCGAAGGACGUCGUACCAAGCGACUAG